AGCCGUCGGAGCCGAAUCACCGAUAUUUCGGUCCUGGUUUUUUGUUCUUCUUCUUCUUUGUAUCGGUUUAAUAUUUAUUAUUUUAACAUAAUUUUAGAAUAUAGAUCCUCUUAAGACUGUGAGAAAGUUGGCAAAGUUUACGCGCUUUCUUCUGAGACCCAUCUUAAUUUGCUCCACUUCCGUAGCUACAAAAUUCCUCUAUUUGUAUCUCACAACCCUAUUUUUAAGUUAGAUCUUUGUUUGACUGAGAAUUUCUUAACUUUGCCGGCCGGAGUGAUUAUAGGGAUGGAUGAACGGUGGGUAUUUCGCCGGCAGCGGCUGCGGUGGGUGUUGCUAACGGUGGUGAUGUUGCUUUUACAGAGUACGAGACUCUGUUUUUCUAUGAACAAUGAAGGUUUAGCGUUGUUGAGAAUUCGUGAAGGAAUUUUAAGAGACCCAUUUGGUGCUUUAGCGAAUUGGAAUGAUAAAGGUGGGGAGUUUGAUCAUUGUUCUUGGUUUGGUGUGGAGUGUUCUGAUGGGAAAGUCGUGAUACUGAACUUGAGAGAUCUUUGUCUUGGAGGGACAUUGGCACCGGAAAUGGGCAAAUUGCCCUACAUAAAAUCCAUCAUUCUUCGAAACAACUCCUUUCAAGGAGGAAUUCCCCUUGAGAUUGGGGAGUUGCUUGAGCUAGAGGUUUUGGAUUUGGGAUUCAAUAACUUCUCUGGGCCAUUUCCCUUGGAUCUUGGGAAUAACUUGUCUCUAACCACCUUGCUUCUUGAUCAUAAUGAAUUCAUUACCAGCAUAACUCCUGAAGCCUAUGAGCUCAAUUUGCUCUCUCAAACUCUAGUUGAUGAGGAGCAGCUCUCCAGCAUUCACAGCAAAUCUUCUUAUACUAGAGACAGUGUAUGCUGGAAUCUUGGCCAGCUUCAAGAUGUGGAUUACCGGAGGCAGUUGCUAGGAGAUGGAGGAGUUCAAUCUCCCAGACGUUCGUUCUUUUCAUUACCACCGUCUUCCUUUGCUUCGUCUCCAUCUCCAUUAUCACCUUCAGAUCCACCAUUCUCUCCAGCACCCUCCCCAAGUUCCCCAUCAGCACCUCCCACAAAGGCUCCAGCCUCUUGGUGGUCAUCAGCACCUGCUCCUAGCCUCCAUUUGAGUCCUGCACGACCGCCUGCUGUAGCUCCGACCCUACGCUCACCAGUUCAUGUUCUCACACCGCCUCACUCCCGUAGCGUUCCUCCACGCUCCUCAGCUCCAUCUCCAAGUCUAAUUGGGAGGAGUAAUAAGAAUAAAAAUCACCAAGUUCUAAUAUUGACAGGAAUUAUAGCAGGAUCAUUGUUCUUGUUGUUUGUAACUGUUGGAAUUUUGAUGUUCCGAAGCAGUAAGGUUGUUACGGUGAAGCCUUGGGCCACAGGUUUGAGUGGACAGCUGCAGAAGGCAUUUGUAACAGGUGUCCCGAAGCUUAAGCGAUCCGAACUCGAAGCAGCUUGUGAAGACUUCAGCAAUAUAAUUGGAUCCUUUUCCGACAUCACUGUAUAUAAGGGAACUCUUUCCAGUGGGGUUGAAAUAGCUGUGACAUCAACUGCAGUGACAUCAAAUGCAGAUUGGUCAAAAACUAAAGAAGAACAGUUCAGGAAAAAGAUCGAAACUUUGUCAAGGGUGAACCAUAAAAACUUUGUCAGUCUCAUUGGUUUUUGUGAAGAAGCACAACCAUUCACAAGGAUGAUGGUUUUUGAAUAUGCUCCAAAUGGAACUCUCUUUGAGCAUCUCCACGUAAAAGAAGCUGAGCACCUGGAUUGGGAGAUGAGACUAAGAAUAGCAAUGGGAGUAGCAUACUGCUUAGAGCAUAUGCACCAGCUGGAUCCGCCUGUUGUACAUAGACAUCUUUGUUCGUCUUCAGUGUACCUCACAGAAGACUAUGCCGCCAAGUUGUCGGAUUUUAGCUACUGGAGUGAAGCAACAGGAGCAAAGUUAGGAUCAAUAACGAUCGAGCUCUUGGAAACAUCACCAGCGGAUUCAGAGAGCAAUAUUUAUAGCUUUGGAGUAAUUUUGUUAGAAAUGAUUACGGGUAGAAUUCCAUUCUCGGUUGAUGAUGGCUCUCUUGCAGAUUGGGCAUCAAAUUUUCUCAAGGGGGAGCAGUUGUUAAGAGAUAUAGUUGAUCCAAUUCUAAGCUCCUUCAAAGAAGAACAGCUUGAAAAUUUGUCUCACGUGAUAAAAAUGUGCGUCAAGCCCGAGCCGAAGCAAAGACCGACAAUGUCCGAGAUUGCUUUAAGGUUGAAAGAAAUCACAGCAUUGGAGCCUGCUGGAGCAACACCAAAGCUAUCUCCUCUGUGGUGGGCAGAACUUGAAAUCUUGUCUACAGAUACAAACUGAGUUCAAGUUGAACAUCAAGUUCAAAGUUGACUUAUGCUGUCCUUUUCUUUUAGGAUUUUCAAAAAUUCUUUUGUUGAUUUUAGUAGUAAUUGGUUGUUUGACUGUAAAAUGAGUAAGAAAUGUUCCAAAAGGUAGCAAAAUAGCAGCAGGGGUUGAGUAGGGAGGAUGCCGUUCUUCACUUAUGCAAAGUGGUAAGAAAUGAAACUUGUACAUAAAAGAAGCUGCUAAGCCUAUGUUGUAAAAGCUCAACAACAUAAAUAUGUAUAUGCAUGUUUCUUCAAUGAUAAUGACCGUGGUUUUCUGUGUGUG